AUGCGACGACGCGGUGGAUCUCUAAUGAGCGGCUGCAAGUCUGGGGGCGAAUGGGCGAAUGGUAGCGCGGAUGGGCGACCCGCAAAUAGCCGUAUUCAGGCCCUCAGCAACCUGAUACCUCGACGAGGGCAUGCAUGGCCCGCACACCCAUCCGCCGGGUCUCGAGAAGCAAAUGGGACGGUGGUAGCGCAUCUGGGCGGUGCUUGGGGGGCUUGCCAGUGGUGGUUAGCAACUUGGCGAGGCUUGAGUAGGCCGUACCGCCUCGGCGAUGCGGUGCGAAAACAGCUUCGUGCCGCUCCAUUCACUCACGCGCCGAUUGCCCUCUUGGGUGUCCCAGCCGCGGUGGCAAUGCCCGCUGUGCUGAUGCCACAUACCGCGACACUGUCAAUACACCGCUGA